AUGGCCGGUGCUGAAGGUGAGGAGGAGAGAUACGAAUUCAUCGGAAAUCUGACGAGGGUGAAUCAAUUCCAUAUUGAACCUUCCCAAGCUAAGAAGGACGUUUUUGAAUCUAAUCUACGUUUGAGAUUCAAAAACUUCAAAGCCAAGUUGGUGAGUGGUUGGAUUUCUAAGACGAGAGAGAUAAGUAAGGUAGAGAAAGGUGAAAAUGAAGGAGAAAAUGAAGGAGAAAAUGAUGGUGAAAAAGAAGGUGAAAAAGCGCCACCGAUAAAGCUCCCUUUUGACAUUUGGAAGCACAUCACACCAGAGGAAUGGGAGGCUUUUGUUGCACAAAAAACAACUCCAGAUGCAGUGGCAAAGCGCCAAAAGUGUUCAAAUUAUGCAAAGAAGAAAAAACAUACUCAUCGGCUAGGUCCCGAGACUUAUGAAGAAAAGAGGAAGAGAUGGAAAGAAAAAGGAUUAUACCCCAACGGUGGCAACACCCGUGCCAAUGAUUGGUGGUGUUCGAUGCAUAGUCUCGACAAAAAUGGGAAAUAUGUAAUUGUUAAUCCCGAAACAAAAGAGGCUUGUGAUAAACUAGUUGAAUAUCAACAAGCAUGUGCCGAAGGCAAGGUUUCUUCAGUUUUAAACAAGGAUCCCUUGUACAUGACUCUUGGACCUGACCCUUCCGGGCAUCCAAGAGGUUUCGGAGGGGUACGUGUUGGCUUGAAAAAGGCGUAUGGUGAAGAAUAUCGCAAGCCCACCAACUCAAACUUCAGUGCAUCUUCAACAGCUUCAGAUAUAGCUUCGAUGAGAGAAGAACUGAAGAAGGAGAUAACUGAGGCAAUCCUACAACAGAUGGGCUUACAAAGCUUGGAGUUGCCCCGCCGUAGCCCUUUGGAUUCAUCAAGCCAACCAAUUCUUGACCUUCAACCACCUAAUGAAGGUCAAGAACCUACUGGAUUUCAACCACCUGCUAGAGUUCAGCCGUCUACUGGAGUUCAACCAAUGCUUGAAGUUCAAUCAAUGCUUGGAGUUCAACCAAUGCUUGAAUUAAAGGAGGAGACGCGUUGCGAACUACUACACCCGGGACAAUCAAAUGGUGAUAAAUUGUAUGUGGUGGCCGAUGCGAAUGCACAACCACAAAGUGACCGACCACUAGUCCACUUCAAGCAAGUCCCGAGUGGUUAUUAUGCGGUGAGCCCAUACAAUGUUCAUGAAGACUAUUUGGAUUGGAUACUUCCGGUGCCCAACAAUUUCCUCCAUACUUUGGCCGAUGCCUCCGGUUCUUAUGUACUAUGGCCAUUUGCAUGGGUGAAGUUUUCAGACGAGGUGUUUUGUGUUUCUAAUUCCACGCCUUUCUAUUUUGCAUAA